AUGACAGUAGUGCUGCCGGGAGAUACGAUAUCGCUCGCAUCCACCUCCACCCUGCCCCUCGGCGGCGGCGGCGGCGGAGGCGGAGGCGCAAUCAAGCUGGGUCCGGGUCUGCUCCCUUCCCCGACGUCGCCCCACACCGCCCUCACCGCCAUCCGACCGGGUGCGCUCGGACACCUCUCCUCUGCCGGCAGCGGUAGCGGCAUUGGCAAGUCCAGAUCCUCAGAGGGAUGGUGGGUCGAGACCAACACGACGCGCUACGUCCCCGCGCCAAACGACUCGAUCAUCGGGCAAAUCACAAACAAGGGCGCCGAAUCCUAUACCGUCCACCUCUCGGCUGCGCACUCAGCCAUCCUCCCCGUCCUCUCCUUUGAGGGCGCGACAAAGCGGCACAAGCCCAACCUCGCCAUCGGCACGCUCGUCUACGCCCGCCUCCUCUCUGCCGACCGGUUCACCGAACCCGAGCUGACGUGCAUCGACCCGCAGACGGGCAAAGCAGAGGGGUACGGAGAGCUCACCGCCACCAAUGCCCGCGGCGUGCCGCAGGGCGUCGCCAUGGCAUACCGCGUCUCGACGGGUCUGGCCAGGAGCCUCGUCAGACCCAAGCACGACCUCCUCCGCACCGUCGCGAAAUCAAUCACCUUCGAGGCCGCCAUUGGCGUCAACGGCUUCGUCUGGAUCCGCGCCGCCAACGUCGCUCAGGUCGUCGCUGUCGGCAAGAUUCUGAAGCUGGCCGACCAGCAUGCCGUCGACUUUGACUCGUCCCGACUCGCCCGUCCCGCCGACGAUCGGAUGCACACCGACGACGACGACGACGACGAGGUCGAGGGCUGGGACGCGGAUGAAAUCGUCAGGCACCGCGCCUCGCUCGACGCAAAGACCAUCAAGGCCAUCCUCAACGAGUCCCUCUGA